GACUUGUCGUCACAUAAAAUAGGUGACCUUACAUCCUCGAUUCUCGACUUCCAGGCCAAAUGAUAUCAUGCGCGUAACAUACCGUAAGAAAUCAACGCUUAUCGAGCCCGAAGUCGAGCCCCUUCAUGAGCCUCCUUUUGAAUAUAUAUGGAAUUAUAGCAAGGUUCAGGAUAAGCGGGUAUGAUAAUGAUUGAAGUGGCGGAAGCUUGGAUUUUCAAGUGAGAAUUUGGCGCACGAGUUUCAAGAAGUGGGGGAGCUUGGGGUUAACGUUGACAACGUUGAUUGUUUGGUGAGCACCGUUGUUUUCGCUGUAUGGUCUCUCGACCG